AUGCAACAAGGUCAAGACUUAUUCAACAAGGCUAAACAGUCUCUCCAGGGCGAGGACGGAAAGAUCAACUACGACGAUCUUAAGAAGACCGCCACUGAUGCCUACGGUGACAUCCAAAAGAAGGACUACAAGGCCGGCAAACUCCAACGAGAGUCCGCAACCGAUGUUAGCGGAGUUCUUGGCCUGGUCGAUGCUGGCGUUGAACAGCAGUCCGACGGUUGGCAAGACACGGUGCUCCAGCAUGAACGACACAAGUCCCUUCGAGUCGACCUGUCCUCUGUAAACAGACUGUCUGAACUCGUACUUGGCUCCGACGGUGGUGUUGGCCUCCACAACGGUCUGGUAAACCGGUUGCAUCAGCUCGUUCAAAGUUGGCUGAACACCGGCCUGGACAGUGGUCUCCACACCGGCCUCGACGUUGUUGGCCACUUUUCUCCAGAACGAGGCAACCAACGCACCUUGGGCCUGCAACUGAGCAGACGCAAUCCAGUUGCCGGCAUUGUAUCUUCCGACAAACGACAAUGCAGCGUCGCCAGGAACACCCUGUUACUCGUCCAAGAAGUUAGGGUUCAAGGUCUUGAAGUUCAAAGAAAAGUCGGUGGCCUGGUAAUCGUGCUCGAUCUGACACAUUGGCUGUUGACCAUGAGCCAACUGGAAAGUCAGCUUGGAAACAACGUGCUUGUCCCAGCUGUGGUUGAUUCUUCCGGUCAAAGAAAACUCGUUGUCAACAGUUCCUUGGAAGAAAGUGUUUUCGUUACCAACCAUGGCGGUGAACGAGUAUGCUGGAAGCUGGCCACCAAUAGAAAGACCGUGAGAAAUCUGGAAGAUCGGGUUCAUGGAGAACGUCUUACUAAUGUCUGCUCUAAGUCCAGUGAAUUGUCCAAAGACUUUCUGUGUUGGCUAAUAGAGCUGGUGACGUUAUUAACAAAGGUGAAAAUUGGGUUCGACGACCAGAACCCGUCUUUUUUGUCUUCUGGGGCAACUCCCAAAUUUGGGAUCGGAGCAAGACUCUUGCCCAAGUCGCCCAUGUUCAUCUGCGGUGCUGCCAUUCUGUGCGAGGACCGACGCAGCAUUUGCAUCGACUGCGACCCGCGAAGAAUCGUCGACCCGUUGAUCGGCGCGGACUCGUCCUCUUCUCUUAAAAAGUCGAGAUCAAGGUCCACCGUGGAUAAACUCACGUCGCACGCUUUGAACGUCAAGGAGUACCGUUUGUUAAUGGACCGGCCACGCAGCUCGCUGCGCAAAUCGCUCGCCGUCAUCGUCGACUCGUUCUCGUCCAUCGGCGGCGUCGCUGGCGUCUGUUCCUGCUUGUCCUCCUCGUCAGAUUCGAUCUGGAACCUGUCCAGCACAGAGUCCAGCGACGACGACACAGACCGCAGCUUGAUCGGGAUGGGAUGUUGCAGGAAAUCGUGGUCCUUGGUUUCCACCUCGUCGCCGAUGUCGAAACACGCGAUCGUGGAGUUGAGCGACGAGGACGAGUACGACGGACUGAGCUGCGACGACGACUGA